AUGGAAGAUGUUAACGUUCCAUUUGUUGAAGUACAUUAUAUUACAAUUCAACAAGUUGGUAAUGUACCUAUAACUAAAGGUGAUUUUCAAUCUCUUCCACAUCAAGUACAAACAUGGCUUGCUCAAAUGAUACAAUUGUGUGCACCCCGUGCUGUAUAUAUUUGUGAUGGAUCAGAAGAAGAAGCUGAAAUGGUUACAAAUAAACUUGUUGAACGUGGUACCUUAACAAAAUUAACAAAAUAUGAAAAUUCUUAUAUCUGUUGGACAGAUCCUCGGGAUGUUGCUCGUGUUGAAUCAAAAACAUUUAUUGUUACAAAUAAUAAAUAUGCAUCAAUACCACAUUCACGAGAAGGCGUCAAAUGUGUACUUGGUCAAUGGAUGUCACCUAGUGAUAUGAAACAAGAACUUGAUGAUAGACUUCCUGGAUGUAUGGCUGGACGAAUGCUUUAUGUUAUUCCAUUUAGUAUGGGACCAAUUGGUUCUCCAUUAAGUAAAAUUGGUGUACAAAUAACAGAUUCGAAUUAUGUAUUACUUUCAAUGAGAAUAAUGACACGUGUUUCAUCAGAAAUUUGGAAACAUCUUCGACAUAAUGAAGAAUUUGUUAAAUGUCUUCAUUCAACCGGCGUUCCUCGUCCACAUACACAAAAGAUUAUUAAUAAUUGGCCAUGUAAUCCAGAAAAAAUACUUAUUUGUCAUUUUCCGGAUAUUCGAAAAGUAAUUAGUUAUGGAUCCGGUUAUGGUGGUAAUAGUUUACUUGGUAAAAAAUGUUUUGCUUUACGUAUUGCCGGUCGUAUUGCUUACGAUGAAGGAUGGUUAGCUGAACAUAUGCUAAUCAUGUCAAUAACAAAUCCCAAAGGUGAAGAAAAAUUUAUUGCUGCUGCUUUUCCAUCAGCAUGUGGUAAAACAAAUCUAGCUAUGUUAACACCAACAAUGCCUGGUUAUACUGUUCGAUGUAUUGGUGAUGAUAUAGCUUGGAUGAGAUUUGAUAAACAAACAGGUGAAUUAAGAGCUAUUAAUCCCGAAACUGGUUUCUUUGGUGUUGCACCUGGUACAAAUAUGAAAACAAAUCCGAAUGCUAUUUUAACCUGUUUAAAAAAUUCUAUAUUUACUAAUGUUGGUGAAACAGCUGAUGGUGGAUUUUAUUGGGAAGGUCUUGAAAAUGAAACACCACCUGGUACGGAAAUUAUUUCUUGGACUGGUGAACGAUAUAAACUAGGAGAAGAUAAAACAAAAAAAUCAAGUCAUCCAAAUGCAAGAUUUUGUUGUCCAGCACGACAAUGUCCUAUUAUACAUGAUAGAUGGGAAGAUCCAGCUGGUGUACCUAUAUCAGCUAUUAUUUUUGGUGGACGAAGACCAGAAGGUGUUCCACUUGUUAUUGAAUCAUUUGAUUGGAAACAUGGAAUAUUUCUUGCUUCACAACUUAAAUCAGAAACAACGGCAGCUGCUGAACAUACAGGAAAACAAAUUAUGCAUGAUCCAUUUGCUAUGCGACCUUUUGUUGGUUAUAAUUUUGGACAUUAUAUUCAACAUUGGCUUGAUUUUGAAAAAGAUCCUAAAAAUAAAUUACCAAAAAUCUUUCAUGUAAAUUGGUUUCGUUUGGAUGAAAAUAAGAAAUUUCUUUGGCCAGGAUUUGGUGAUAAUAUUCGUGUACUUGAUUGGAUUGUUCGACGUACAAAUGGUGAAGAUAUUGCUGAGAUAUCAUCGGUUGGUCUUAUACCAAAAAAAGAUUCGAUUAAUCUUCAAGGUCUUAUCGUUGAUUGGGAUAAAUUAAUGAGUGUACCAAAAGACUAUUGGAAAGAUGAUAUCGAAGAAACAUUAUCAUGGCUUGAUGGACAAUUAGGUGAUGAUUUACCACAUGAUAUUCGUAUUCAAAUUGAACAACAAAAACAACGUAUAUCACAAAUAAAUUAA